CCCAGUCUCUUUCGCUCUCGUGUUCUUCUCUUGUCGAUAUCUCUCUGUGAAUUAAUUUAAGAGAAUCGCCACCAUUUUCUAAUUUUUUUUCAAAUGCUCCAUGAAUUCUGGGAAAUGUUCUUUUGAUUUGUAUCUGCUCCAGCAAAUUUCCCGGAAUUUCCGAUUUAGCUUACCCUCUUGAUAAUAUACCUUAUCUUCAAUUCAAAUGACCUGAAAUGUUUUCCGGGGAGAUUUUCUUCUUCCGAUUACGACGAGUGAGUGAAAGAUGAACGCAUUUCGUCUCGCCAAUCUAAAUUUAGAGCAGAUCGACUUGUUUUCACAGUAGGCAAUUGUUGUCAAGGCAGAAAUCUCUCUAUAUGUAUCUUUUGAAUUUAACUCUUGCCGCUGCGACGCUCUAGGUGUAGACAAGUUGGGAAAGCUGAAAACUGCUCACUAAAUCAGUGGAGUUACAAUGAAAAGUUUGUUAACACAAGAAAUGUCAGUGCAAAACGGGUCUAGAAGUAGAUCUCCCAGCAUUAUAGCGAGAUUGAUGGGUCUUGAUGGGCUGCCUCCUCAGAGUUCUCCUCACAGGGAAGACAAGUCUGUAGAGAAUCAACAACGCAGGCCGAUAAGAUCUGAAAAGGCUCUUGGGAAAAAAACCUAUGGUGACCAUGAAUCUUCUAGUAGGGGCUUAAUGGACGAGCAGAGAUUCAAAGAUGUCUUUGAAGUAUUGGACGCUGAAAAGGAGAGUAGAAGUUUGCAUCAGAGGAGGGUGAAUGCUAAUCUCACUGAGGCAGAGAUGGCGUUUAUACGCCAGAAGUUCAUGGAGGCUAAGCGUCUAUCGACUGAUGAGAAACUUCGUUAUUCUAAAGAGUUCAAUGAGACUCUUGAGGCUCUAGACUCCAACAAGGACCUCUUACUGAAGUUCAUUCAUCAUCCAGAUUCAUUAUUCACAGAACAUUUGCCUGAUCUUCAAAGCAUAGCUCCAAAACCACAUUGCAGUCAAGCUACCACUUUGAAGUUGUCCAACAGCCCAAAUCAUGUAGAUAAUGUCAGAACUCUGAAAGUGGACAGAGAGCUGGUAGGGAGGAGUCACAGAUCACAUCAAUGGCAUGGUGGUGGUGCUAAUCCCUGCCAUUCUAACACUAGGAGCGUUCCGUAUGACGAUACAGUUGACCUAUCAAAGAAGCAGCGGAAAAAGAGAAGUGGUUUAAAACCGACCGAAAUUGUUGUCCUGAAACCUAAUCUUGGGAAGUCACAGACCACUGGUAGAACUCUUCCAUCACAGAGCUCUUCUUCUGAUGAGGUCAGGGCAGAUCGCAGGCUUCCAUGCACCAGCAACCAGGAGUCAAAAGCAUUUGGAGGUUUGAAAGCUAAAGAAGAUGUUACUAUUUUAAGACACAAGCCAAGAGAUCCCAGAGCAAUUGCUAGGAUUGUGUCAAGGCAAAUGAAGGCAAGUUGUGGCAAUUCCAUGAACUUUGAGAUUUCAAGGUUUAGAGGUUACGCAGGGGAUGAAAGCUCAUCUGGGAGUGAUUCUUCAAGUGAAUCUAAGUUAGUGUCAGUGAUUUCAGGAGCAAGAACUGACGUUGCCCGCAAGAAGCAACGUCGAUAUCUGCCUUCCAGGUCACCAGAAUCAUCUGUGAGUAAGGAGGCCAUGAGGAGACUGUCGGAGAGGUGGAAGAUGGCACACAAGUCUGAGCGAGAGAUAGAAAUUAGAAGAAGAAACACAUUGGCUGAAAUGCUUGCAACCUCAGACAGAGAGUCGAGACCAGCAGGUUUUGAUGGGAUCACUUUCGAAGAGGGGAUUGGUAAAAGACUUGAGUGCAAUGUUGGACCGUCUGAGUUGCCAGAGCCGAUUAGAAUUAGCAGCAGAGAUGGUUGGAAAGGUACUGGUAGAAGAAACCUUUCGAAGCCCAGAACGAUCAUGCAUGAGGACAGAACUUGUGGUUACACGAUUGUGCUCCCUAAGAAGUUAAUCACUCGAGAUGAAUUAGAGAAGGGGAGUUGUUUUCACCAUAGGGAAUAUUUCUUUUCUAACAAUUCCACGCCCUUUAGUGUUAGUUCUCAAUUUCCAGACAGUAGCUCGUCAGAGAUCAACAGACCAAGUUCAAGUAAAAUUCUUCAAGUGGACGGUGAGCUAUCCGAAGAUAAGCUUCCUUCUAUAAAAACAGUUAAUGCAGAUUCAGAAAAUGGUUCAUACUAUGAGGAUGCUAAGAGUACUCCAUCCUUGGAAUCACUCCAUUUGUCAGAAGUUACCUCGUUAACUGACCAUGAUAUUUCGGGCAGCUUAACCGAAGAAGUCGAUCAUUCUUCUAUUCCUCAACUACAGCCUCAGGAGAGUGCAGAGGAAGGAAAUCAACUAAGUCCCGUUUCAAUCCUACAAACUUCUUCUCAUGACGAGUUUUCAUCCAGUUCCGAGUGCUUUGAGAGUCUUAGCGCGGAUCUCCAAGGGCUCAGAAUGCAGCUUCAGCAACUCAAACGCGAGUCAGGUACGUACAACGAGGACCCCAUGCUCAUUUCAAGCGAUGAAGACUCAAAUCAAGAUGAAUCAUCCAUAGUAACAGAUAAGACGGUGAUCACCCAAGAGCCAGGAGAAGACUGGAAGUCACUAUACUUAGCUGAUGUCUUAGCAAACUGCAAGUUCAGUGACUUGAGCCCUCAAAGCUUCGUGGAAACAUGGCACUCUUUUGAAUCACCUGUAGAUCCAUCCUUGUUUGAGAAUCUUGAGAAGAAGUACACAUACUCCAGUUUGAAAACCUCAAGCCGAUUAGAAAGGAAGCUUCUUUUUGAUAGGAUAAACAGUGAGAUUCUUGAGUUCUUCGAGCAGUUCAAGGAUCUGCAACCCACAAAGGUCUGCCCAAAAUGGGAGAUAAACAAGAUACAAGAAACUCUGCGCGAGAUGGUCACUAUAAAGUUCAUGAAACCAAGUAGAGAGACAAAGGAGAAGAGGUUGCAGUGGCCGAGCUUGGAAGAUGACAUUGAAGUGAUAGGCAAGGAGAUUGAAGAAAUGUUGACAGAUGGACUCAUAGCAGAGCUAGUGAUAUGAGAAAUCUCGUAAAAAAGUAUUUGAUUGUUCUAGAA